GGGAGGGGCUGCUUCCAGGGAGAGAAUGGAGCUCCGAGGAGCAUUCUGUCCAUUGUGACUCGCCCCAACCUCACAGUCAUCCUUCCCACCGCCGGGUCCGAAAGUCUGGGGGAGACGAACCUGGCAGGGAGCCCCCAAUGAGCCACCUGUCCUCACCCCCCCCAAAACACAAGGGGGAGCACAAAGGCCACAGUCUCCCCCGUGGCUCAGAAAGGGGUAGCUCCUCCCGGGACAAGGACCGAAGUGCAUCGGUCAGUAGUUCCGUGCCCAUGCCUACUGGAGGGAAAGGAAGCCGGCCCAGUAGUACCCCAUCUGCGCCCCAGAGGGUACCCAACCGCCUGAUCAAUGAGAAGUCACCGUACCUCCUCCAACAUGCCUACAACCCCGUGGACUGGUACCCCUGGGGACAGGAGGCCUUCGACAAGGCCAGGAAGGAAAACAAGCCCAUCUUCCUCUCAGUGGGGUACUCCACCUGCCACUGGUGCCACAUGAUGGAGGAGGAGUCGUUCCAGAACGAGGAGAUCGGCCGCCUGCUCAGUGAGGACUUUGUCAGUGUCAAGGUGGACCGGGAGGAGCGGCCGGACGUGGACAAGGUGUACAUGACGUUUGUGCAGGCCACCAGCAGUGGCGGGGGCUGGCCCAUGAACGUGUGGCUGACUCCCAACUUGCAGCCCUUUGUGGGGGGCACCUACUUCCCCCCGGAGGACGGCCUGACCCGCGUGGGCUUCCGCACGGUGUUGCUGAGAAUCCGGGAUCAAUGGAAACAGAACCAGAACAGCCUGCUAGAGAACAGCCAGCGGGUCACCACGGCCCUGUUGGCACGGUCCGAGAUCAGCACAGGUGACCGCCAGCUGCCGCCCUCGGCCGCCACCAUGAACAGCCGCUGCUUCCAGCAGCUGGACGAGGGCUAUGACGAGGAGUACGGUGGAUUCGCAGAGGCCCCCAAGUUUCCCACACCAGUGAUCCUGAACUUCCUGUUCUCCUACUGGCUCAGCCACCGUCUAACCCAGGACGGCUCCCGGGCCCAGCAGAUGGCCUUGCACACCCUGAAAAUGAUGGCCAAUGGGGGCAUCCGGGACCACGUGGGGCAGGGUUUCCACCGCUACUCCACGGACCGCCAGUGGCACAUCCCUCACUUCGAGAAGAUGCUCUACGACCAGGCACAGCUCGCGGUGGCCUACUCACAGGCCUUCCAGAUUUCUGGCGAGGAGUUCUACUCGGAUGUUGCCAAAGGCAUCCUGCAGUACGUGUCUCGGAGCUUGAGCCACCGGUCUGGAGGCUUCUAUAGUGCUGAGGACGCCGACUCGCCCCCGGAGCGGGGCAUGCGGCCCAAGGAGGGCGCCUUCUACGUGUGGACGGUCAAGGAGGUGCAGCAGCUGCUCCCGGAGCCCGUGCAGGGCGCCACAGAGCCGCUCACGUCCGGCCAGCUCCUCAUGAAGCAUUAUGGCCUCACGGAGGCUGGCAAUGUCAGCCCCAGCCAGGACCCCAGUGGGGAGCUGCAGGGCCAGAACGUGCUGACCGUCCGCUACUCGCUGGAGCUGACCGCUGCCCGCUUCGGCCUGGACGUGGACGCCGUGCGGAGCCUGCUCAGUGCGGGCUUGGAGAAGCUCUUCCAGGCGCGGAAACAUCGGCCCAAGCCGCACCUGGACAGCAAGAUGCUGGCUGCGUGGAAUGGCCUGAUGGUGUCUGGCUAUGCAGUGACCGGGGCUGUGCUGGGCGUGGACAGGCUCAUCAACCACGCCACCAGUGGCGCCAAGUUCCUGAAGCGGCACAUGUUUGACGUGGCCAGUGGCCGCCUGAAGCGGACCUGCUACGCUGGCUCUGGGGGUGCUGUGGAGCACAGCAACCCGCCCUGCUGGGGCUUCCUGGAGGACUAUGCCUUCGUGGUGCGGGGCCUGCUGGACCUCUACGAGGCCUCGCAGGAAAGCUCGUGGCUCGAGUGGGCUCUGCGGCUGCAGGACACCCAGGACAGGCUCUUCUGGGACACCCAGGGCGGCGGCUACUUCUGCAGUGAGGCCGAGCUGGGGGCCGGGUUGCCCCUGCGUCUGAAGGAUGACCAGGACGGCGCAGAGCCCAGUGCCAACUCCGUAUCGGCCCAUAACCUGCUUCGGCUGCACGGCUUCACGGGCCAUAAGGACUGGAUGGACAAGUGCGUGUGCCUGUUGACUGCCUUCUCUGAGCGCAUGCGCCGUGUCCCCGUGGCCUUGCCUGAGAUGGUCCGUGCCCUCUCAGCCCACCAGCAGACGCUGAAGCAGAUCGUGAUCUGUGGAGACCCACAGGCCAAGGACACCAAGGCUCUGUUGCAGUGCGUCCACUCCAUCUACAUCCCCAACAAGGUGCUGAUUCUGGCCGACGGGGACCCCUCGAGCUUCCUGUCCCGCCAGCUGCCCUUCCUGAGUACCCUGCGGCGGCUAGAGGACCGGGCCACGGCCUACGUGUGUGAGAACCAGGCCUGCUCCAUGCCCAUCACCGAGCCCUGUGAGCUACGGAAGCUGCUACAUCAGUGAUUGCGCCGGCCCCCUUGGACUGGGGUGGAAGGCGGAGCUCCCCGCUGACCAGAGACCCGGGCCCUGCCGGGCCCUGCUGAACCUGUGGCUACCCUGAGCACUCUGCCUUCAGGUGACCUGCGCCAUUCUCGCUGCCCCCUGACGGGCACCCAUUCCCCCUGGAAUAAACCUAACAGCGUCCCGCGGUAACCUCAGGGCCUUGGCCU